UUCAUCUCUUCAUACAACAUUAUAUUCUAUAAUGGCGGAUAACGAUGGGGAACAUCAGAAUGUGCGAAUUUUCCUGUGGCAUGUUCCACGAACGAUCUCCACCGCCCUUACCAAAUGUCUUAGUUUUAUGGACGGCAUGGAGGUUUGGUUUGAAUGUUUUACAUACUGUCAUGUGGCCAGGGAAAAUUAUAUUCGAGCUACUGGGGAAUGUUUACCAACGGAGCAUGAUGGAAAUGAAGAGACGUUCAAACAAGCAGCAUCGAUCUUGGCUAGUGCUGUGGGAGGAAAAGUAGAGGCCGACAGAAUCGUGUAUGGCAAUAUCAAGACGAAGAUGGAGUCGUCUACCAGCAAGUACCUGCUGGUAAAAGAGAGUGUCGUGAGUUUUUCAGAUGACAAAGUCUGGCAAUAUCUACCAAAGGGCUUUAAACAUGUCUUUCUCGUCAGGGAUCCAUACAAAGUUUUCAGCUCCUAUAGAAAAGCACUAUACAAUCAUCUUGUCAGCGUAGGUCUUCGGAAAGGUGAUGCCGCUGACGAGAGGGAAUUCGACCUGAAGAAAGAUGACAUAUUUGUAAAGAAUUCUAACGAGUACUUUUCGAUGAUGCACUCUAUGUGGAAAUCCAUUCGUGACAGCACUGAUCCUGACCCAAUUGUCAUCAACGCUGACGAUCUGUUGGCCAACCCCGUUGAGGUGCUUCAGAAGUUCUGCCAUCUGACCGGUCUUCCCUACAGUGAUUCACUACUUCGUUGGGAUGCCGCUCCGGACAUCACCAAGACCUGGAAAGUUGCCAGCGGUGACGCUAUAGAAAAAGCGGUUCACUUUUACGGAACAGCAGUAACCUCAAGCGAGUUUCUACCACCCAAACCUCCCAUAAGCAAGGACAGACUGUCGCCAGAUGCCAUGCAGUUUGCAAAGGAUUCAAUGCACUUCUUCGAGGAUAUGAACGAAUUCAAAAUAUAAUUCACCGAGCUAAACAUGCAUGGAUAAGAAUGAUGGCUGAAUAAGCCAUCUGUUGAACCACAUCUGGAAAGCGUUUCAUAAAAAAAUCCAAUCCAUAUUUUAUUCAUCGAAAUAGACACCAGAAAUGAAAUACUCCGAAAAUUUGUUUUGCCAAAUUGAUCGUGGGCCCGGCAGCCACUGCGCAGCGCCAAAUCGACGAUGCUCUAUCCCUUUAAUUGUUGAACGCCAAACAGGGUAGCAACAACUCCCAUUUUUUAACGUCUAUUGGUCUGACGCGGACGGAGAUUGAACCCCCGACUUUCCGGUUGUGAGACGAACGCUCUACCAACUGAGCCAACACACCGGUGUAAGGACUCGUCGGAGUUUGGGCCGAUCAAGUCUGUUUUGUCCGACAGACCAACAGUCAUAUCGGAUAUUGAUUUUGAAGACGUUAAAAUAUAAAGAAAUUUGGGGGACUUUAAAAUAAGGUUGUGUUAAGCCAUAUUUUUCAGUAAUGUUUUUUUUUUCUUAAAACAUUUAAUUUUAUCAAAUAAUGAUAAUAACUCAAACAACAUAAUAUCAACGAGUGGGAAGAGGAGAGGUUGCAUUUUUUUUUUAAAUAAAUUCGCGAAUAUUAAAGGGCGCAUGACUCCCCUCACUUAUCCGACCCUUUAAAAGAAGCCAACCCCCACCCUUACUCCCUGGUUGUCUGGAAAGGACGGGGUGACCCUCACUCCACAUCCAUUGAACUCCCGCUCCGAAAACGGAGACUGUCGUCACAAACCGAUUCGAGUCAGCGGCUAUUCACACUAGGACACCCUUCACCCAUCUGUUGAAACAGAAGUACCCGGGUAGAACACGCCGUCGCGAU